AUGGGGAUCUUCUUCAUUUUCUCUUAUAUUCCUAUUCACCAUCCUGGGGAUGUUAAUAAAUAUAGAAGUUAUUCUUGUUAUAUUAUUAUUCCCUCUGCUUUCCUUCUUCUUUAUCCUCAUCUUCUUCAUUUUCUACUUCUCUAUCCUGUUCACCAUCCUCUUCUUCUUCCAUUAUUAUUAUUAUUAUUAUUAUUAUUAUUAUUCCUCUCUUUAGCCUCCUUCUUCUUUAUCCUCAUCUUUAACCAUUUCUCUUCUCAUCGUACUGCAUCCUCUUCUUCUUUACCCAUUAUUAUUAUUAUUGUAUUAUUAUUCCCCCUCUGCCUUUUCCUUCUUCUUUAUCUCUGUCUUCUUCAUUUUCUACUUCUCAUCCUAUUCACCAUCCUCUUCUUCUUACAUUAUUAUUAUUAUUAUUAUUUCCUCUAUGUUUUAUCUAUCUAUCUAUCUAUCUAUCUAUCUAUCUUCAUAUUAAUUCUGUUUCAUCUCAGUAGGUUCAUGUCUGACUCAGGCUAUUCAUAUCUAUCUAUCUAUCUAUCUAUCUUCAUAUUAAUUCUGUUCUGUCUAUAUAUAUUCAUGUCUGCCUCAGUCUAUACAUAUCUGUUAUUUUCUAUCUGUAUCUGUUCAUAUCUGACUCAGUCUAUUCAUAUCUAUUAUUUCCUAUCUAUCUAUCAGUUCUGUUCUAUCUAUCUAUCUAUCUAUCAGUUCUGUUCUAUCUAUUUAUCUAUCUAUCUAUCAGUUCUGUUCUAUCUAUCUAUCUAUCUAUCUAUCUAUCUUCAUAUUAAUUCUGUUCUCUUUAUAUAUGUUCAUGUAUGUCUCAGUCUAUUAAUAUCUGUUAUUUUCUAUCUUCAUCUUAAACAUUUUCAUUCGUUAUUUUUUCCAGUUUUUCUCUCCCCGUUUUUGUUUUUUUCUUUUUUCUUACCUCAUGUUUUUCUCUAUUUCCACCAUUUUUUCUCUUUUUCAUCAACUCCUCUCUCUCUUUCCACAGCUUUAUUUUAUACUUUCGUUCUUUUUACAUUUCUCACGUCGUUUUGUUAUCUCUCUAUCCUCUCUCUUUACCCCGCAUUCUCAAAUCUUUUCCCACCCUCUCCUUUUCUCUUUCUCUCUAUCCCCUUCUUUUUCUUCUUCUUUCAAAACCAUUAUUAUUAUUAUUAUUAUUAUUAUUCACCUCUGCCUUUUCCUUCUUCUUUAUCCUCAUCUUCUUCAUUUUCUACUUCUCCAUCCUAUUCCCCAUCAUCUUCUUCUUUCCAUUAUUAUUAUUAUUAUUAUUAUUCCCCUCUGCCUUUUCCUUCUUCUUUAUCCUCAUCUUCUUCAUUUUUUACUUCUCCAUCCUAUUCACCAUCAUCUUUUUCUUCCCAUUAUUAUUAUUAUUAUUAUUAUUAUUAUUAUUAUUCACCUCUGCCUUUUCCUUCUUCUUUAUCCUCAUCUUCUUCAUUUUCUACUUCUCCAUCCUAUUCACCAUCAUCUUCUUCUUUCCAUUAUUAUUAUUAUUAUUAUUAUUAUUAUUCCCCUCUGCCUUUUCCUUCUUCUUAA